AGUCUAGCAGUGGCCACCCUCCCGACCCAGCUGACACCUGGGAGAAGCAGGCUGAUGGCAGACAGAAGUGUGCCGGCCUUUGGGGCUGAGCAGCAGGGAUCAUCGAUGGAUAACCCGGGUGCACAGGGCGUGUCCACACCCAGCAAGGCCUUGUCCUUGGCUCACAGACACCCGAGUAGGAAGCGCGGCCUCUCCAAGCUGUGCCAGAGCAGGGUGACACUCCCUGAGGACCAGUGGAGCUCCUACUGCCUGUCGUCCCUGGCCGCCCAGAACCUCUGUGCCAGCCAGCCGCCCUGCCUCAGCCUGCCUGAGCUCUCAGAACCCACGAGCUCCCUGGGCAGCACCUCCUGCUGCUCCCUGCUGCGGAGCCUACCCUCAGGCCUGUCUGCGCCCCCGCUUCCGGCCCCCGUGGGCAACCCCAACAAGGCCAUUUUCACUGUAGAUGCCAAGACCACUGAGAUCCUGGUGGCCAACGACAAGGCCUGUGAGCUCCUGGGGUACAGCAGCCGUGACCUGAUUGGCCAGAAGCUCACACAGUUCUUCCUCAAGUCCGACUCGGCCGAGGCCGAGGCCCUUAGCGAGGAGCAGGUGGAGGCGGACGGCUGCGCGGCCGUGGUCUUUGGGAUGGUGGUGGACGUGGUCAGCCGCAGUGGGGCGAAGGUCCCAGUUUCCGUGUGGACCAAGAGGCUGCGGCCGGAGCAGGGGCGCUGCUGUGUGGUGCUACUGGAGCCUGUGGAGCGGGUCUCUGCCUGGGUCUCCUUCAAGCUUGAUGGGACCAUCUUGUCCUGUGACAGCCUCUUUGCGCAUCUCCACGGCUACUCGAGUGGGGAGGAGGUGGCCGGGCAGCACAUCACGGACCUGAUUCCCUCCGUGCAGAUCCCCCCGCCCGGGGAGCACAUCCCCAAGCAUCUCAGGAUCCAGAGGUCAGUGGGGAGAGCGAGAGACGGCACCACCUUCCCUCUGAGCCUGAAGCUCAAGUGCCAGCCUGGCCCUGAGGAUGCCCACAGCGGGGAGCCCAUGCCCACCUACGCAGCCUCCGUCUGGGUGUUCUGCACCCUCAGUGGGCUCAUCACCCUGCUGCCCGACGGCACCAUCUACGGCGUCAACCACAGCUUUGCACUUCUGCUCUUCGGCUACGGGAAGGCUGAGCUCCUGGGCAAGAGCAUCACGUUCCUGAUCCCUGGCUUCUACAGCUACAUGGACCUCGCUGAGGACAGCGCCCGGCCUGAGCCCGGCCCGGCCCCGGGGCUGGACGGCAGGUCUGGGCAGGUGGCACCAGAGUCCUGGCAGGACUGGGACCUGUCCGGCGGGGUCGAGGGUCCCAACACGAGUGCCCCGCUCCAUAGCACCAGGCUGCAGGACGAGACGCUGUCCCAGGCACCCGGCCCACCUACCCUGGCGGCAGACGGUGCGGGAAGCCACCUGCUGGCCCAGGACCAGCAGCAGAGACUGGAGGAGGGCAGCCUCCCACAGGGCCCUCGGUCAGACAGUCCUGAGGACUCGGACAACAGCCCACAUCCUGCCCAGGAGGAGCCCGGACCCCCCACUGGAGUGCAGGAUGGGCAGAGGAGGGCCCUGGAGAGUGAGCUGGACCCAGAGGGCCCCACAGGGCGGGGUCCCAGGGCUGAGGCUGCUGUGCCCCAGCCCUACUUCGUGGGCCGGCCAGCGGGAGCUGCUCUCCUGACGCACUGCCCACACUGCGGGAUGGAGCUCCUCGCCAGGAGGGGCCGCCUUAGCCCCAAGGACUCCGGGCUCCUGCCACUGGGGAUGCUGAUGCUGGGGGGGCUGUGGCCGGGUGUGGGCAGUGACCGAGAGGAGCUGCAGACCUGCCUGGUCAAGGAGCAGUUGUCUACGCAGAGCUGUGUGGGGCCUGGGAGCACCCCUGCUGCUGGGUACCCUGCCACAGCUGCCCCCCCGUCGUUCUGUAACCUUGGGGCCAGAGACUUGCUCAGUGGCCGCUCAGGCAGCUCCACGGCCUACUAUGCCAGGGCCGUGGACCUCCCCGGCGACCCCCAGCCCGAGGCCCAGCCUGAAGCCGGCACAGCCGCCCUCACCUGGGACUUCCAAGAGCUCUUCCUCAGCGAGCGAGUGGCCUGUGCGUCUUCCAGCUGCUGCUGUGUGACCUCGGGUCUUCCCCAUGCGCCCUCCUCAUCCUUGAGCCUGGGCUCCGACCUGGACAAGGACAGCCCUCAGGGCCAGCCAGCAGACGCCCAGCUGCUGGACCGGGAGGGGCUGCUGCUGCUCACCGGCACUGCCUCCAGUUUCAGCCUCUCCAAGGCUCGUAGCCGCCCCUCCGAUGCCCAGCUGCUGCCCACCCUACCCCCAGACCCCACCCCUGGGGACACGCUGCCGCACACAGACCAGCUGGGGCUCGGCCUCCAGGCGGCCUCCACCCCACUGCGAGGGGAGCAUGCACCGCCCCCAGGAACCACUGGCUCCUUCCAAGAGAUCCAGGAGGGCACCUACGUGGGCAGCUGCUACCACCGGGACGGCUCGAGACUGAGCGUGCGGUUUGAGGUGCGGCGCGUGGAGCUCCGUGGGGCAGCCACGCUCUUCUGCUGCUGGCUGGUGAAGGGCCUGCUGCACAGCCCCUGGGAUGCAGCGGCUCGCUCCCGCCUGCUGCUGGCCAGCCUGCCCAGCUCUACCCACUCCAUGGCUGAGCUGACCGGGCCCAGCCUGGGCGAGGUGAUUAGAACCAAGCCCUGGUUUGAGGAGUCUCCUGUGGUGGCCGAGCUGGAGGGACUGGCAGCCUGCGAGGGCACAUACUCCAAUAAGUACAGCACACUGCGCCCGCUCGGCAGCGGGGCCUUUGGUUUUGUGUGGACCGCCCUGCAUAAGGAGGAAAACCGAGAGGUGGUGGUGAAGUUUAUCCGGAAGGAGAAGGUGCUGGAGGACUGCUGGGUGGAGGACCCCAAGCUGGGCAGAGUGACCCUGGAGAUUGCCAUCCUCUUCAGGGUGGAGCACGCCAACAUCAUCAAGGUGCUGGACGUGUUCGAGAACCAAGGCUUCUUCCAGCUGGUGAUGGAGAAGCACGGCUCCGGGCUGGACCUCUUCGCCUUCAUUGACCGCCACCCCAACCUGGACGAGCCCCUGGCGAGCUACAUCUUCCGGCAGUUGGUGUCGGCGGUGGGCUACCUCCGUUCCCAGGGCAUCGUGCACCGGGACAUCAAGGACGAGAACAUCGUUAUCGCCGAGGAUUUCACGAUCAAGCUCAUUGACUUCGGCUCGGCUGCCUACCUGGAGCGCGGCAAAGUGUUUUACACCUUCUGCGGCACCAUCGAGUAUUGCGCGCCCGAGGUCCUCUUGGGGAACCCGUACCGGGGCCCAGAGCUGGAGAUGUGGUCGCUGGGGGUCACACUGUACACUCUCAUCUUUGAGGAAAACCCCUUCUGUGAGCUGGAGGAGACGGUGGAGGCCGUGCUGAACCCCCCGUUUGUGGUGUCUGCAGAGCUCAUGCACCUGGUGUCAGGGCUGCUGCAGCCCGUGCCCAAGCAACGCACCACCCUGGAGGCGCUAGUAGAGGACCCGUGGGUGACUCAGCCCGUGAACCUGGCCAACUACACCUGGGAGGAGGUGUGUCGGCUGAGCAAGCCAGAGAGUGGGCUCCUGGCCAGCACGAGCUUGGAGGUGGACCGGGACCCCAGCCCUCCCAGCGGCCCUCUGCUGCCGGGUAGCCACACGUCGUAGUGGCCUCCUGCUCGGCCUUCAUCCGAAGAGUACAGACCUGCCCUCGAGUGGCUCUGCUUGGGCUACCCACAAGGCCGAGGGGAGAGCGCCGACUCAGUCACCAGGGAGAUGCAGUGGCUCGGGGAUGAGGCAGUGUGGACUCAGUCGUGUCUACAAGCGUGACCUUGGGCUCUCGGCUGAUGGGCAGAGCCUCCGCAGGCCUCUCUGCUGUGACUGGCGUUCCCUCUGACCUGCCAUGCCCAGGCAGUGGCUGCUCUGUGGACUGCUUGGGACUGGUUAGCCAGAGGGCCAGGCUGCCCUCUCAAUUACUUCCUUGACCAUUUUCCAAAUUAAAGCAGCUUUGACAGAAGGCAGCUGUCAGGCUGGCCUGUGGGUCACCCCUCACCUGGACUGAGGGGUGAGCUGCACAUCA